AAGAUGAGUUACCGAUUGAAUAUUUUACUUUUCAAUGAAUGUAAAAAUUUCUUUAUUCAAGAAACCAGAAGAUAUGCAGGUCAUAGCAAGUGGCAAAAUAUUAAAGCUACUAAACAAUCCCAGGAUACCGCAAAGUCAAUUAUUUUUAAUAGCUUAGCUUCUAAAAUAAAGAAGGUAGUAGUAGAAUCUGGUAAUGCAGAUCCAGAUACCAAUUCAAAAUUAGCAGGUUUAAUUACUCAAGCUAAGAAGAUCAACAUGCCAGCAACUACUUUAAAAGCAAUUCUAGAUAGAAUACAAAAUGUACAAAGCAAUGAUUUUAAUAGUCAAACUGAGAUAGUGACUAUUCGUACUUCUACAGGAAUUACACUUAUCAUAUAUAUUGCAUCUAACAGUCUAGCUGAAGCAAAACCUCUUCUGAACAACCUAGUGAAAAAAGCUAGAGCUAAAACUGCAGACGUAUCAGUGUUAUCCAUGUUUGACUGUGCCAGUUAUGUCACAGCUUCUAGAGACUGUAACUUGGAUCAAGCAAUGGAAAAUGCAAUAGAAAUUAAUGCACAAGAUGUAGAAGAAGUAAAACAUGACGAUAAGACAUGUUUCAUGUUUAAAUCUGAAUUCCUUUUCCCUGAGAAGGCUGCAACGCAACUAACAAAUUUGGGUUACACUAUACUUUCAAUAGAUAAUAAAUGUGUACCUAUUACUGUAAUUGAAGUCAGUGAGGAAGAAUUAGAAAAUAUUAACAAAUUUAAACACAAACUUCAAUCUUGUAUAAACGGAGUUAUAAAAAUUGAGGACAACAUCGCACCACCUUGAACUAGGACUUCAAGUUAAUGUGGAAUAAUAACAUUACCCAUACAUUUUUAAAUUUUCCUUUGAAAGUACAUGUCCAGAAUUAUAGCAAUGAAAGAAUGUAAAUAAAUUUGAUUAUCACUAAAGUGUAC